UUUAUUAGUCUACCUUGCAUUAUUGGAAAACAAUAUAAUAGUUUAUGCAAGUAAAUGGACCUUUUCUUCUUGUAUUUCUAAUUACAUAAUUGCAUUGUGAUUGUUUGCUACCUUUCCUUUUUUUUUUUUUUUUCUUCAUAUAUCUGUGUCUUGUACUUUAUAUGAAAUGCAGGUCGUUUAUGGUGAAGAGAGAGUUUAUGGUAUAUAUGGUUUAACUUUGAAAUAAAUUUGGAAAGAACUCAGAUUCUACUCUUUACUUUGUGGUGAUUAUUGGUUGGGGUCUUCUCUUACCCCGCACUGCAUUAUAAAAUGGUUGCGGAAACACAAUCUGCACUAGUUUGGAAACUUGACCCCCAUUUGAAGGAUCAAUUUUCUUUAACGACACGGUUUCUUGUGCUUUUUAGCUGUAACCUGCUUAAGCUACCUUCUAAUAGAACAUGAUUGAAUUACUCAUGGAAAGCUAAGUUGUCUACCUGGACAUGCUGUCAAGUUAUGUAAACCGUCAUGAAAGAUUCAUGUUGGCUUGAUUUUGAAGUUGAUAUUUUGUAAAGUAUUUUUCUGUGAACUCAGAUCAAACUUGGAUUAGGCAAUGUAAUCCUGGUCUGUUCUAUUAAGUAUUCGCACAUUAUGGAAAGGUGGAAUGGCAGCUCUCAUCUUUGCCAUGUCUAGUACCCGUUUGUCCCUGCAAAGUGAUUCAUUGAUGAAUCUUAUAUGUACCCUUGUAGCAACUUCGUU